ACACCUAACGUUUGCGAUGAGGGUUGGGUCGCCUAUCGGGACGAGAAGUGUUACCGUGUGUUCAACACAACGCCUCCCAUGACAUACGCCCAGAGCGUUGAAUUCUGCGCCGGACUCCAGGCGUUGCCGUUUAGCACCACUUUAGCCACCAUUCAUACGGCGGACGAGCAGUCAUUUCUAACCCACUAUUUAGCCGGAGUUUUCGCCGACGGGACCAACGUAUGGAUCGGCGCCCGACGGCGUCGUCGGUCGCGCACCGAUUUCCAGUGGACCGACGGUACGGACAUGGAGUACAACCGGUGGCUGUCGGGCCAGCCCGCGGACACUCCGGGCUAUGAUUGCGUGACAAUGAAAUCUCGGUAUUUAGCGCCCGGAAGGGUAGAAACAGACGGCCAGUGGGCGAACGUGUUGUGCGGUUCAGCACAGGUUGCGCUUUGCCAACGGCUACAGUACUGGACGUAUCAACAAUCGCAGCCCAUUUUGAUGGCUACGCGCCGCCGCACCAAUUGGCUCAGCGACGAGCUAGAUGCUUUGCGACGUCUAUUAAAUGCCACUCAACACGAUCGGGAUGCGCUAAAAGAUGACCUAGUUGAUACAAAAAAUGAACUAAGGGAUUUAAGGUUAGACGUGUACAGUUUAAUGGUGAAUUCGAUAACGUUUAAAAAAAUACAUGACAUAUUGCCAGCCGUACCACUGGUGGUGAAGAGUCCAUACCUGUCCACCUGGUUGGUUGGCAGGGAAUUGUCCGGCGAUUGGGCCCGAUUCUACACCGGAGCCCAUACAAGUAUGACGGGAUUCGUUCGAGUCGACAGUCAGGCCUAUAGGUUUAUGGGCGCUCACUAUAUUGCUCACCAAAAUAUACUCCUAGCCAUACAGUCGGGUCUUCGCGUGACUCCAACCCAAUCGGUGUUCACAUUCACCGCCGGACCCAUAGAACUGGUCGUAAACUUCUUCACUCCUAUCGAUCCGACAGAUCUCAAGCGUCUGUCACUUCCGGCCUCUUAUAUAUCAAUGAGCGCCCGAUCUGUGGAUCACAAGACACAUGAAGUUCAAGUCUAUCUGGGUAUGACUGGAGAAUGGGUUACCAGUGAUCUCAACCAAGUUAUUGAAUGGGAUGUACGCGAAGUGAAGGGCAAAUCAAAUCUAAUUAAUGAAUUACCCGAAUGGGGAACCAUUAAGUUCUUCACCGAAUCGACCGCCACUUAUGAGGCCAAUUUUGUCGAUACUAUGCGCUCAAAGUUUGUGAAAACCGGUAAACUGGACAAUACUGUAAACAGAAAUUAUCGCAAAGUGUCGGACAAUUGGCCGGGGAUUGGGUUCGCGCGGACACUGACCGCCGGCACCACUCAUACGGCGGCAAACACUGUGUAUUACGGCGUCGCUCACGUCAGACGACCGGCCAUUGAGUACACGGAUUCACAUCUGAACCAAUUAUGGGAAAGUUAUUUCAAUGGAGACGACAAACAGAUGAUUGACUUCUUCUACGAGGACAGAGAGGAUGCCCUCCGGAGGGCCACAGCUCUGGACAAACGUAUUGUAACCGACGCUCAGGCGGUGGGGGGAGAAAGUUAUGUUAAAGUAGUGUCCGCAGCGCUCAGACAGGCGUACGGAGGGGUGGAAAUGGUUGGCACAGUUGACAGGCCAUGGAUGAUGUUGAAUGAUGGUGUGUGUCAAACAGUGGACGCGAUUUACCCCCACUUUGCGGUGCAAUUAUAUCUGAAUCCAACGCUUUUGCGAUACCUUUUGGAACCACUGCUCGACAAUCAGGAAAGGGAUUUAUUCCCGAAUAAGUAUUGUUUGCAUGAUUUGGGAACUUAUCCCAAAUGCAACGGACAGGUGGGACACGAUUUGGAUAUGGAGGUGGAGGAGAGCGCCAAUAUGUUGAUCAUGAUGUCAGCCUAUGUCAGGGCAACCAAUGAUACAGAGUUUGCCAAAAAGCACUACAAAAUUGCUAAACAAUGGACGCAGUAUUUGGUCGAUCACGGGUUGAUCACAGGCGACGCUUUAACAACCGACGCUUAUUUGGGCAAAAUUACAAAUUCAACAAACCUUUCGGCCAAAGCUAUUAUAGGCAUCGGAGCGAUGGCACAGUUGGCUGAAGUGACCGGUAAUGAGGCGGACAGACAACAGUACAGACAAACCGCAGAGAAGUAUAUUACAGAAUGGAUUGGUUUGAGUAAAGAUCCGUCCAAUAAAUACUUGAAAAUGAGUUAUAAUACACCCGACAAGUGGUUUGCGAUGUAUAAUCUAUACGCCGAUGUUCUGUUGGACACCAAACUAGUACCCGAAUCGAUCUACGCACAACAGGACGAGUGGUACCAACAGGUGAUGAAUGUCUACGGACUGCCAUUAGGGAGCGAUAGUGUGGAGACACUGAUUGAUUGGAUUAUGUUAACGGCCGCCGCGUCUGGCGAUACAAAACUGCGGCAAUCAUUGUUCGAUCGGACGGCCAAAUGGUUGAGAGAAACGCCGACUCGAAUGCCACUUCCCGACCACAUAAACACCGUUACGGGCGUGGAUGUAUUGCCAGCCGUACCACUGGUGGUGAAGAGUCCAUACCUGUCCACUUGGAUGACUGGCCGACAAUUGGGUGGCGAGUGGACACGUUUCUGGGACACGGCAUAUGUCAGGGGAAUGGCUGGAAUGGUUCGGGUGGACAGUCAGACCUAUGUGUUUAUGGGUAAUCCUGUCGGCGAUGGUAUUGAUCUAACCCUCCCGGCCAUGGAAUCGGGUCUUCGCGUGACUCCAACCCAAUCGGUGUUCACAUUCACCGCCGGACCCAUAGAACUGGUCGUAAACUUCUUCACUCCUAUCGAUCCGACAGAUCUCAAGCGUCUACUUCCCGAUGCGUUCGCACAUCUGGUGAUGGCUGUGGUGUCGUUUCGUCGGAUCCGCGCAUACCUCCGAUGCGAAGAGUUGGACAACAACUGUGUGGCCAUCGCUGACAGCGACAGCACAUCCAUCGACGAUGAAUUCAAUGCCGUCUCUUUGCGGAAGUGUUCGUUCGGGUGGUCGCGAGACUCGGAGCCGAUACUCAAAGAUAUAUCGCUGGACAUUAAACGCGGAUCUCUGGUGGCGAUUGUGGGUCGAGUGGGCGCCGGAAAGUCAUCCAUAUUUUCAGCUCUCAUGGGAGACAUGUAUCAAACGGCAGGUGACCGACGACUGGCCGCCAAUCAGUCCAUCGCUUAUGUGCCGCAAACGGCAUGGAUUCAGAACCAGACUUUGAGACAAAACAUUGUCUUUGUUUCGGACUACGAGUCCGAACGCUAUCAACAAGUGGUGAAAGCCUGCGCUCUGGACGCGGACUUUGCUAUACUUCCCGCUCGGGAUUUGACCGAAAUCGGCGAAAAGGGUAUCAAUUUAUCCGGUGGUCAGAAACAUAGGGUCAGUUUGGCCCGAGCCGUGUACUCCGGCGCCGACCUCUACCUACUGGACGACCCGUUGGCUGCGGUGGACGCGCACGUCGGUCAACACCUGUAUCGGGAAGUGAUCGGACGCCAGGGUUUGCUUCGGAAUAAGACACGCGUAUUGGCCACACAUCACGUGUCGUAUUUGAAAGACGCGGAUCAGAUUGUGGUGAUCAGUGAGGGACGGAUAGUGGAUGCCGGCGAUUACGACGCGCUGGUCGCCAGAGGAAUGCUUACCGAACAGGUGCUAAACGGAUCCGAUGAUAACGUCAUUGGCGGUAACGGUGGUGUACGGCGACAGUCAUCCCGAGAGAGCGAUAGUCAGCUAAUUAGGCGUCAAUUGUCGCGACAAAAGUCUUUACUAAAAGACAAUACAGAAGACAAUACUAUAGACGAGUGUAAUGUAAAAGAUGGUCAACUGGUGGACGACGAGAGCACACAGUUUGGAUCAAUUAAAUUACUUGAUUACAAAUAUUACGUGUCACGCAUUGGUCCGGUGGUGCUCGCAGUCAGUAUAGUAACCAUGUUUUUGGCCAUUGUCUGCGAAGUGGGAUCUAAUUACUGGAUAAACGUGUGGACAUCUGGUAACCACUCUUUGUCGGACACAUCCGGCGACACCAACAACAACAACGGCUACUUCUUAGGCAUAUAUGUGUCGGCAAUAGUAUUGUACGCAAUCUUCACACUGGGCUCGACAUUGCUCUAUAGGGUAGGUCUGGUGCGGGUGUCGGCGCUCAUACACAGCGAUCUAUUAAAUAGCGUAAUGCGAACUCCGCUCUCAUUUUUUGACGUCACCCCAACCGGGCGUAUAAUAAACCGAUUCAAUCGAGAUAUCGAGAUGAUUGGCUUGCUUUUACCAUGGUUUAUGUACGCCACUAUUCUCUAUGGCAUGCAGGCCAUCACAAUCAUGGCUGUUAUUGUCUACACCAUACCCAUUAUCAUUGUUAUGAUAGUGAUUGUGGCCAUAGUGUUUGCCAUACUUUACCGGAUUUCAUUGUGGACCACAAGACAACUGAAUCGUAUGAAUUCAAUCACUCGAUCGCCAAUCUAUAGCCACUUUAACGAGAGUAUCGCCGGCGCCGUCUCUAUCCGGGCCUACAAAACAGGCCAUACGUUCACCAAAACACUGCAAAAAUUUAUCGAUACUAACCUUAAUGUCCAGAAGCAUACAGUGGCGGCCAACAUGUGUGUCAGUAUUUGGACGGCGAUUAUCGGCUCAUUCAUUACAUUCUCGGCGGCGCUGUUUGUGGUGCUGAAGAGGGAGGACAUGACACCGGGUUUGGCCGGCUUUGUGCUCAUCUACUCGUUUGAGAUCAUAACCAGUAUCUCAUGGGCGCUGAGGUUUGUGUCCGAAACCGAGACCGAAAUGGUGUGCGUCGAGAGAAUCCGCGAAUAUUCACAAUUAGAGCCCGAAUUCAGUUGGGAUUCGCCGCCCGAGAGCAAACCGCACGGCGGCAAACACUGUGUAUUACGGCGUCGCUCACGUCAGACGACCGGCCAUUGA